CACUCUCCAUUUUGUUCAUUCUGUAAAGUGCUCUUGUUUGGGAAAGUUCGAUUUUGUAUGGAAAGUUACAUAUUUUAUAAAGUAUAAAGUAUAAAAAGAAUAUAUAAAGUAAAAUAUAUUAAUAUUAAUUGAUAAAAAAAAUUGUAAACGAAGUGUAGCGUGUACCCGUGUACCGAGAAGUAUUAAUUAAAAAUAAGCGGAAUUUAAAAGCAAGAGAAGACUAUACUUUACUAAUCUUAUUUAUUACGAACGAAACUGACUGAUUUUCAACAUCAACAUGGAAAAUUUUACACCGAAGGAAGUGAAAAUCCUUGAAACUGUUGAGGACAUACAGGAAAGGCGUGAACAAGUGCUUUCCCGUUACAAUGAGUUUAAAAUAGAAACACGUCAAAAACGUGAGAAGCUAGAGGAUUCACGUCGUUUCCAGUAUUUCAAGCGUGAUGCUGACGAAUUGGAGUCUUGGAUACAUGAAAAAUUGCAAGCCGCUAGUGAGGAAAGCUACCGUGAUCCCACUAACUUGCAAGCUAAAAUUCAAAAACAUCAAGCGUUCGAAGCAGAAGUUUCGGCUCAUAGCAAUGCCAUCGUUUCACUUGAUAAUACUGGUCAGGAAAUGAUAAAUCAGCAACACUUUGCUUCUGAAACGAUUGAACGUCGUUUGAAUGAGCUCCAUCGCCUUUGGGAAUUGUUGCUGAGUCGAUUGGCUGAAAAGGGUCAGAAAUUACAACAAGCACUAGUUCUAGUACAAUUUUUGCGCCAAUGCGAAGAAGUUAUGUUCUGGAUCAAGGAUAAAGAGGCAUUUGUUACAGCUGAUGAGUUUGGUCAGGAUUUAGAACAUGUUGAAGUUUUACAGCGUAAAUUUGAUGAGUUCACCAAGGAUAUGGCAUCACAAGAAUAUCGCGUCACUGAAGUUAAUCAAUUAGCUGACAAACUGAUUCAAGAUGGUCAUCCGGAACGUGAUACAAUUAAUAAACGCAAAGAGGAAUUAAAUGAAGCCUGGCAACGCUUAAAACAGUUAGCUAUUGUACGUCAAGAGAAAUUAUUUGGUGCACACGAAAUACAGCGUUUCAAUCGGGAUGCUGACGAAACUGUUGCUUGGAUUGCUGAGAAAGAUGUUGUACUAUCCUCCGAUGACUACGGACGCGAUUUAGCUAGCGUACAAGCUUUACAGCGCAAACAUGAAGGCGUUGAGCGUGAUUUGGCCGCUUUAGAAGAUAAAGUAUCAACAUUGGGUGCAGAAGCACAACGCUUGUGCUCCAUUCACGCUGAUCACAGUGAUCAAAUUCGUGACAAACAAGCUGAAAUUGCUGAUUACUGGCAGAGUUUGACAGCAAAAGCACGUGAGCGGAAGCAAAAAUUGGAUGAAUCAUAUUUCUUGCACCGCUUUUUAGCCGAUUUCCGUGACUUAGUAUCUUGGAUAAAUGGUAUGAAAGCUAUUAUAUCUGCUGAUGAGUUAGCAAAAGAUGUUGCUGGUGCAGAAGCUCUUUUAGAGCGCCAUCAAGAGCACAAAGGUGAAAUAGACGCACGGGAAGAUAGUUUCAAAUUAACUACGGAAUCAGGACGUAAAUUGUUGGAGCGUGAGCAUUAUGCUGCAGCAGAAAUUCAAGAGAAAUUAGCAGCAUUGGAAAAUGACAAAAGCUCAUUGCUUUCAUUGUGGGAAGAUCGACGUAUAUUAUAUGAACAAUGUAUGGACUUACAGUUAUUCUACCGUGACACAGAACAAGCGGAUACAUGGAUGGCUAAACAGGAAGCAUUUUUGGCUAAUGAAGAUUUGGGUGAUUCAUUGGACUCUGUAGAAGCUUUGAUUAAAAAACAUGAGGACUUCGAAAAGAGUUUGGCCGCACAGGAAGAAAAAAUAAAGGCACUCGAUAUAUUCGCUACAAAAUUGAUCGAUGGUCAACACUAUGCUGCUGAUGAUGUCGCUCAACGCCGUCAGAUGUUGUUGGCUCGUCGUUCUGCAUUACAAGAAAAAUCAGCAAAACGCAGGCAGCUACUAGAAGACUCAAACCGUUAUCAACAAUUUGAAAGGGAUUGUGAUGAAACCAAAGGUUGGAUAAGUGAAAAACUUAAAUUUGCUACAGAUGAUAGUUAUUUGGACCCAACAAACCUUAAUGGAAAAAUGCAAAAGCAUCAAAACUUCGAACAUGAAUUGAAUGCUAAUAAGUCGCGUAUAGAGGACAUUACCACGGUAGGCACAGAUUUGAUUGAAAAACAACACUAUGCAGCUGAUCAAAUCAAUACUCGUAUGCAAGAAAUUGUUGUGUUAUGGGAGACCUUAGUCCAAGCCUCUGACAAGAAGGGUUGCAAAUUACACGAAGCUUGCCAGCAACAACAAUUUAAUCGUACAAUUGAAGAUAUUGAACUCUGGUUAAGCGAAAUUGAAGGUCAAUUGUUGUCCGAAGACCAUGGAAAAGACUUAACAUCUGUGCAGAAUUUACAAAAAAAACAUGCUUUAUUGGAAGCUGAUGUUAUGGCACAUCAAGAUCGUAUUGAAAGUAUUAAGGUAGCUGCAAAUAAAUUUAUUGAAUCUGGUCAUUUUGAUGCAGAUAACAUACGUAACAAAGAAGCUACAUUAUCGGCAAGGUAUGCUGCCCUAGCUGCCCCAAUGGGUGAACGUAAACAGCACUUACUUGACUCCCUUCAAGUUCAGCAGUUAUUUAGAGACUUGGAAGAUGAAGCUGCCUGGAUACGCGAAAAAGAGCCCAUUGCUGCAUCCACUAAUCGUGGUCGUGAUUUGAUAGGUGUACAAAAUCUUAUCAAGAAACAUCAAGCUGUUUUAGCAGAAAUAAAUAAUCACGAGGCUCGCUUACUAAAUGUUAUCAGUUCCGGAGAAAAUAUGUUGAAAGAUCAACCAUUCGCUAGCGAUGACAUACGUCAACGAUUGGAUGCAUUGCAAGAGCAAUGGAAUACAUUAAAAGAUAAAUCCAAUCAACGCAAACAAGAUUUGGAUGAUUCAUUACAAGCACAUCAAUACUUCGCUGAUGCUAAUGAAGCCGAAUCGUGGAUGCGCGAAAAAGAACCAAUUGCAACUGGUAAUGACUAUGGUAAAGAUGAAGACUCCUCUGAAGCUUUACUUAAAAAGCAUGAAGCUCUCGUUUCCGAUUUAGAAGCCUUUGGUAAUACCAUUCAAGGACUACAGGAACAGGCCAAAAAUUGCCGUCAGCAAGAAACGCCAGUCGUUGAUAUAACCGGUAAAGAAUGUGUUGUUGCACUUUAUGACUAUACUGAAAAAUCUCCACGCGAAGUAUCGAUGAAAAAAGGUGAUGUGCUAACUUUACUUAACUCGAACAAUAAAGACUGGUGGAAAGUAGAAGUGAAUGAUCGCCAAGGCUUUGUACCGGCUGCUUACAUUAAAAAAAUCGAAGCUGGUCUCAGCGCAAGUCAACAAAAUCUUGUAGAUAAUCAUUCUAUCGCCAAGCGACAAAACCAGAUCAAUUCGCAAUACGACAACCUUUUGGCUUUAGCACGCGAACGACAAAAUAAAUUGAAUGAAACUGUUAAAGCUUAUGUGCUAGUGCGUGAAGCUGCUGAUUUGGCACAUUGGAUUAAGGACAAGGAGAAUCAUGCACAAAUUGCAGAUGUUGUUGGCGAAGACUUAGAAGAAGUAGAGGUACUGCAGAAGAAAUUCGAUGACUUUAAUGAUGACUUGAAAGCAAAUGAGGUGCGUUUAGCAAAUAUGAACGAGAUUGCUAUACAGUUAACAUCACUUGGACAAACUGAAGCGGCACUUAAGAUACAAACUCAAAUGCAAGACUUAAAUGAGAAAUGGAAUAACUUGCAACAAUUAACUGCUGAAAAGGCUAGCCAAUUGGGUUCUGCUCAUGAAGUUCAACGCUUCCAUCGCGACAUUGAUGAAACUAAAGAUUGGAUUGCAGAAAAAGAAAAUGCAUUGAAUAAUGACGAUUUGGGCAAAGAUUUGCGCAGUGUACAAACUUUGCAAAGGAAGCAUGAAGGAGUUGAACGCGAUUUGGCUGCUUUGCGUGAUAAAAUACGACAACUUGAUGAAACAGCAAAUCGUUUGAUGCAAACACAUCCAGAUACCGCUGAACAAACUUAUGCCAAGCAGAAAGAGAUUAAUGAGAUGUGGGAUCAAAUCACUACUAAGGCAACAGCACGUAAAGAAAAAUUAUUGGACUCCUACGAUCUACAACGUUUCUUAAGUGACUAUCGAGAUUUAUUAGCCUGGGUGAACUCAAUGAUGAGCUUAGUAACCUCAGAUGAGUUGGCGAAUGAUGUAACUGGAGCAGAGGCACUUAUUGAACGUCAUCAGGCUCAUCGUGCCGAGAUCGAAUUUAUAUUUGGAAACAGUAGUGCCAGUGGCUCAGCAGCCAUGCCAGCCACCAAGGAGCAUCGCACAGAGAUCGACGCUCGUGCUGGUACAUUCGCAGCAUUUGAACAGUUUGGAAAUGAAUUGCUUCAGGCAAAUCACUAUGCUUCACCCGAAAUUAAAGAGAAAAUUGAAGAUCUGGCUAAAACGCGCGAGGAAUUAGAAAAGGCUUGGACGGAACGUCGCUUGCAAUUGGAACAAAACUUAGAUUUACAAUUGUACAUGCGUGAUUGUGAGUUGGCUGAAACCUGGAUGUCUGCACGCGAAGCUUUCUUAAAUGCCGACGAUGUAGACGAUAAGGGUGAUAAUGUUGAAGCUCUUAUUAAAAAACAUGAAGACUUUGACAAGGCUAUCAAUGGUCAUGAAGAAAAGAUUGCUGCUUUGCAAGUACUUGCAGAUACAUUGAUUAAUCAAAAUCACUAUGCUUCAAAUCUUAUUGAUGAUAAACGCAAGCAAGUAUUGGAACGUUGGCGUCAUUUGAAGGAAGGUCUUAUAGAGAAGCGUUCCCGCUUAGGUGACGAACAAACAUUGCAACAGUUCUCACGCGAUGCUGAUGAAAUUGAAAAUUGGAUUGCUGAAAAGCUCCAGUUGGCAACUGAAGAAAGUUACAAGGAUCCGGCAAAUAUACAAUCUAAACAUCAAAAACACCAGGCAUUUGAGGCUGAACUUGCAGCAAAUGCUGAUCGUAUACAAAGUGUGCUAGCAAUGGGUGAAAAUCUUAUUGACAAAAAGCAAUGUAGUGGUUCUGAAGAUGCCGUGCAAAAGCGUCUUACUCAAAUUGCUGAUCAAUGGGAAUAUUUAACACAUAAAACAACGGAGAAAUCAUUAAAAUUAAAAGAAGCUAAUAAGCAACGAACGUAUAUCGCUGCCGUCAAGGACUUGGACUUCUGGUUGGGCGAGGUCGAAAGCUUAUUAACCACUGAAGAUUCUGGUAAGGAUUUGGCCUCUGUCCAAAACCUAAUGAAGAAGCAUCAGUUGGUAGAAGCGGAUAUCGUUGCUCACGAAGACCGCAUUAAGGACAUGAACAACCAGGCCGAUUCCUUGGUAGACAGCGGACAAUUUGAUAGUGCUGGUAUUCAAGAAAAGCGUCAAAGCAUUAACGAACGUUAUGAGCGUAUUUGCAACUUAGCAGCACACAGACAGGCUCGCUUGAAUGAAGCUUUGACAUUACAUCAGUUCUUCCGUGACAUUGCUGACGAGGAAAGCUGGAUCAAGGAGAAAAAAUUACUUGUUGGUUCAGAUGAUUAUGGACGCGAUUUGACUGGUGUGCAAAAUCUUAAGAAAAAACACAAGCGUCUAGAAGCUGAAUUGGCAUCUCAUGAGCCAGCCAUACAAGCAGUACAAGAAGCCGGUGAAAAAUUGAUGGAUGUUUCGAAUUUAGGUGUACCCGAAAUUGAACAACGUCUCAAAGCACUUAAUCAAGCGUGGGCUGAGCUUAAGAAUUUGGCUGCAACUCGCGGUCAAAAACUAGAUGAAUCGUUGACAUACCAACAAUUUUUAGCUCAAGUUGAAGAAGAAGAGGCUUGGAUUACUGAAAAACAACAAUUACUAUCUGUUGAUGAUUACGGUGAUUCAAUGGCCGCAGUUCAAGGCCUUUUAAAGAAACAUGAUGCAUUCGAAACAGAUUUUGCUGCUCACAAGGACCGUUGUUCUCUUAUAUGUGACCAAGGUACUGAAUUGGUUGAAGCUAAAAAUCAUCAUGGCGAUUCUAUAGCUCAACGUUGCCAACAGCUUAAAAAUAAAUUAGACAACUUGAAUGCAUUAGCAGCGCGUCGCAAAGGAGCUUUGUUAGACAAUUCAGCCUAUUUGCAAUUUAUGUGGAAAGCAGAUGUUGUCGAAAGUUGGAUUGCCGAUAAAGAGAAUUAUGUUCGUUCUGAUGAAUAUGGUCGCGAUUUAUCCACUGUUCAAACAUUGUUAACAAAACAGGAGACUUUCGAUGCUGGUCUCAAUGCAUUCGAACAAGAAGGUAUAAAGAGCAUAACUGUAUUAAAGGAUCAACUUAUAAAUGCCAAUCAUGCACAAUCUCCGGUUAUACUGAAACGCCACGAGGAUGUACUUUCACGUUGGCAGAAGCUGCGUGAUGCAUCCGAAACGCGAAAACAACGACUUUUAGCUAUGCAAGAGCAGUUCCGCCAAAUCGAAGAACUCUACUUGAAAUUUGCCAAGAAAGCUUCAGCCUUUAAUUCUUGGUUCGAAAAUGCCGAAGAGGAUCUGACUGAUCCUGUUCGUUGCAAUUCGAUCGAAGAAAUUCGCGCUCUACGCGAUGCCCACGCACAAUUUCAGGCAUCGCUUUCGUCAGCCGAAGCUGACUUUAAGGCUUUAGCAGCACUUGACCAGAAAAUCAAGAGCUUCAAUGUUGGGCCCAAUCCAUAUACUUGGUUCACCAUGGAAGCUCUUGAGGAAACCUGGCGCAACUUGCAGAAAAUCAUAGAGGAACGAGAUGGGGAACUUGCCAAAGAAGCUAAACGGCAAGAAGAAAACGACAAAUUGCGUAAAGAAUUUGCUAAGCAUGCUAAUCUAUUCCAUCAGUGGCUAACAGAGACAAGAUAUUAUAUGCUGGGUUAUAACAAACAAGGAACAUCUAUGAUGGAAGGUUCUGGUUCUUUGGAACAGCAACUGGAAGCACUUCGUGUCAAAGCCACAGAAGUACGUGCGCGUCGUGUUGAUUUAAAGAAAAUAGAGGAACUUGGAGCAAUGUUAGAAGAGCAUCUUAUAUUAGAUAAUAGAUACACAGAACAUUCUACUGUCGGUUUGGCGCAACAGUGGGAUCAAUUAGAUCAACUUUCCAUGCGCAUGCAACAUAAUUUAGAGCAACAGAUACAAGCACGUAACCAUUCUGGUGUGUCCGAGGAUUCACUCAAAGAGUUCUCAAUGAUGUUCAAACAUUUCGACAAGGACAAGAGCGGUAAGCUUAAUCAUCAAGAAUUCAAAUCCUGUCUGCGCGCUUUAGGCUACGAUCUGCCAAUGGUUGAAGAAGGUCAACCGGAUCCAGAAUUUGAAGCCAUAGUAGAUGUGGUCGAUCCCAACCGCGAUGGAUACGUCUCCCUGCAAGAAUAUAUAGCAUUUAUGAUUUCGAAGGAAACUGAAAAUGUACAAUCCUACGAAGAAAUCGAAAAUGCUUUCCGUGCUAUUACUUCCUCCGAUCGUCCUUAUGUUACUAAGGAAGAACUCUAUUGUAACCUCACCAAGGACAUGGCUGAUUACUGCGUUCAGCGUAUGAAACCUUACAGUGAACCACGAUCCGGGCAACCAAUCAAAGAUGCACUGGACUAUAUCGAAUUCACGAGAACACUGUUUCAAAAUUAAAAUAUUGAAUUAAAAAUUUUAAAUACAAAUA